GUAAAGAUUUAACCUAAUAAAAUAGAGCGACAUCAAACAUAAUAAAUGUCUUGCUAACCGGUAAACCCCUAAAACAAAAUACAUGAAACAGGACUAAACUUACCUUAAAACAUGGAUGAAGACAGCAACUUGCUGGCAUUACCUUGCAGUGGCAAUAUAUCAUUGACCAUGUCCUUUGUUUCAUAUUGUCGGUAGCUAUACAACUUGUGAACACAAUAGAGCAACCUUUUAUCAAGCCAUUGUGUGUAGUGUAGCCUGGGUAUAAGCUGUGUUGAAGCUGUAGGUUCAGCUACACAUAAAACAUACAUCAAGUAUAAAGAAAAGAUAAUUGAUUGAAGGAAUAUACCUGUUUGUAUGUUCCCACUGAUGCCACAACAUUCGACUAAUCUAGCCGUCUGAAAACCAGUAAUUAAUUAGAUCAUCUUUGACUUGUAGAAUUCGCAGAUCAAGAACCAUAAAGUAUAUGAAGGCUUUUGCACAUGAUGAUGGCAUAGGUACGGGGUCAGCCUCCGGAGAAAAAUGGAAACGUUGACUAUUAGCUUUCAAAUCCAAUGAUUAAAUGCAUAUCUAGGAGCAUUAUGUGAAGGCAAGGCCGGCCGGCUAGUUGUUUAAAUUAAUUUAAUUUAAUUUAACAUAACUUUUUGAAAAGGCCAGCAGCCUAGUGGUUAUUAUUAUUAUUAUUGUUGUUAAGCGAGUACCCUUGGGAAUUUAACUAGCGCGAUUAAUGCUUAUCCAAGCCUCUUGUAACUCAAUGGAUUUAUUAUUAGUAUAUUUAAGUGGUGAUCAUUUUCGACUGAAAAAAGCUUAAAUGGAGCUACGUAGAUAGUGAGGAGUCAUAUAGUUGAUCCCAAUUUGGCUGAGAGGCAUAAUUUUGUUACUGAGACGAGCUUAAAUAGAGCAAUAUAGAAGCCAACCCCAAUUUUCUUGGGAUUGAGUCGUGGUUGGUAUUGUUUAUAUUAAGUUGUGAUCAUUUUGGACUGCAACGAUUUAAAUGAAGUGAUAUGAACAAUGUGUGAAAUAGCCGAUCCCAACUUGCUUGCGAUGAAGCACAGUAUCUUUGUUUAUAUUAAGUUGUGAUAAGUUACCGACUUCUAUCUUAGUUGGUUUUAGUAAAACAAUAUCAUUUGGCAUACAACGAUUUCAAUUUUCAGGAUAAAUUGCCUAUUCCUGGAUUUGUUGCAGAUGAUGCCUUUAAUAAGCAGCUGCAUCUUAGUUUCUUGCAAAACUGUACAAAGCACCAGACCCACUCAUCAAAGUUAAGUCAACAGCUGAUGAUGCAAUACAAAAUUUUCUUAGACAAUAUUGCAAUUAGACCAUAAAUCACCAUUUUGAAACUUCCCUCAUAUGCUAGUAAUUGUUUAAUACUUGUUAAAUGUGGAAGGCUUCAAUGGUUGUUAGAUGAAAAGGUCGUUUAACUAGUAAAUUACUCCAGAUCAUAAGUGGUCUACAUCAAUGUGGUAGCAUCAAUUUGUCAAUGACAUACGAGUUUGACUUUACACAGAAGACCAUUUUAUGUUUUCACUUGACUUAUAGAGCCCAUAAGAGCAUGAACCUCAACUUUCUGUGUUGCCACUGAAUCACUCUGAACCAAUAGAAUACCAUGGAAAAUUUUCUGCUUAUUCUUUUCUUAAGUUUCACAAUUCUAUCUUCAAAGGUCUAUGCCCAGCAAAAUUAUUCAGGCAAUUCUGUCAUGAGUUGUAAAGGAACCAAUGAAACAGGAACUUCUGCUUCUUUUCUCUAUUCUUGCAAUGGUGAAAAGCUCACCUGUCGAGCAUUUCUGAUUUUUAGAUCACUCUCUCCUUAUAAUUCAGUAUCUUCCAUUUCAAGUCUCCUAACUUCGGACCCUGAUGAGAUUGUCCACAUCAACAACAUCUCAAGGUCUGAAAUCUUGGAUCAGAACAAAGAACUUAUAGUUCCAGUAAAUUGUUCAUGUUCAGGCCAGUACUAUCAGGCUGACACCUCUUAUGUUAUACCAAGCAAAUACGACACCUAUUUUACAAUCGCAAACAACACGUAUCAGGGGUUGUCUACUUGCAAUGCUCUUGUACAUGAAAAUGUAUACAAUCCCAUGGAUUUGCUUCCUGGUCUAAAUUUGCGAGUACCACUCAGAUGUGCCUGCCCUACAAAGGAUCAGGCUAGAAAUGGUGUGAAAUAUCUGCUGACUCAUUUGGUUACUUGGGGAGACAAUGUUUCUACCAUUAGCGCGCAGUUCAGUAUCAGUAGUCAAAGUACAGCAUAUGCAAAUGGAUUUUCUGAAAAUUCAGUUCUUUAUCCUUUCACAACUAUAUUGAUACCUCUGCCAAAAGAACCUUCAAGCUCCCAAACAAGGACUAUUAAUAGAGCAAGGACUGAAAUCAAUUACCCUUCAAAGCACAAAAUAUCAUACAAAAGUCUUUUUAUUGGGGUAGGAGCUGGUAUUUCCGUUGCAGUCCUUUGUUUUAUCUUAUUCAUUGUCUUAAAGCAUAAAAAGGAAAACAAAGGAGGUGAAGUAGUGCUUGGGAAAGGAAGAGAAGGGAAACAAAAAUGGAACUUAACAGAACAUGUCCUGGAAAGGAUAGUUGGUGUGGAUCAGAUAAUAAAAGUCUUUGAAUUUGAAGAACUGGUAGCUGCAACUGAAAACUUCAGCCCUCGAAAAAGACUUGGUAAUUAUGUUUAUAAAGGGUUCGUUCGAGGAAAGUUGUCAGCCAUUAAGGAGAUGAGAACAGACAUAUCGAAGGAGGUUAAGUUCUUUUCAAAGAUCAACCAUUUCAAUUUAAUUAGCCUCACUGGUGUCUGUAAGCAUAAUCAUCUAUCCUUUCUUGUUUUUGAGUUCAUGGAAAAUGGAUCCUUAAAAGACUGGCUUCACAAGGAUGAUAAUCCAGAGGCUGAGAGCUGGAACUUCAGAAUUCGUAUUGCCUUAGAUAUCGCUGAUGGUCUAGAUUACAUUCAUAACUUCACAGCUCCAGCUUAUGUGCACAAUAACAUUAGUAGUAGCAGUAUCUUACUUAACAGAGAUCUAAGGGCCAAGAUUGCUGAUUUCAGCCUGGCGAACUCAGCUGAGAACGAAGGGAAGUCAAGUUCAUCUAUGAAAUCUGUCAAGGGAAGAAAUGGCUACUUGGCACCUGAGUACCUUGAAGCUGGUCAGGUUACUCCAAAAAUAGAUAUCUAUGCAUUUGGAGUCAUUCUGUUGGAGAUAAUUACAGGAAAAGGGGCUGUUUUCGAGCAGGAUGGAAAAGAAGUAUUUUUAUCGGAGACUGUGCUUGGAAUUAUGGAUGAAGAAUCUAACAUUCAAGAAUUUGCAGAUUCCAGGCUACAAGUUAAGCACCCUCUUGGUUACAUAAUUCAACAGACUGAUCUUGUGCUUCGAUUGGUGAAACUAUGUGCAGCAUGCUUGAAGACAGAACCUGAAGGAAGACCAACUGCUGCAGAAAUAAUAUCUACCUUAAUGAAAAUCCAGUCAGAUGUACAAAACUAGACAACUUGGGAACAGAAUGAAUAAGUGCUCAUAUGUUAUAUUCAGACAGGUUUCAGUAGUGAACUUUUGUUUCUUAAAUGUAAAGUUAUGACUUA